CUGCUGCUUCUCAUUCCAACACUGUCGCCCGUGUCGGACAAAGCGUCAAUAUGUCCUGGAGUAUCAACCAGUCCUUUACGGAUUUUAAGAUAUAUUCUACCACAUACCAUAAGGAGAAACUCAAGCCAAAUGAUUCCACUGUCCAGUUCAUUGUGAGGGGAAAUCGACUUCUGCCUGCAACUAUCAACACACACACAGAGAACGGGACGAGGAUUCAGCUGAGUCUCAAUACAUCCCUGGAAGGAAGGACGCUGGUCAGUCUCACAUUCCGCAGUGUUGACGUGAAGGACGCCGGAGUAUACAUCUUAGGCACGCAUGUCAGUGACGUGUCUCGUGAGAUGCGGACUCAACUUCUUAUUGUACUCCAGAAACCAUCGGAACCGAACAUCAGCACGACAGUUGCAGACCCUGUGUCUGGUGAUCCUGUGAACCUGGCCUGCUCCACCACCUCCCGGAGUCUUCCUCUAGACCGGUCUCUGUACCAGUACACUCUGAACACGUCAUACACCUGGAGGAGAAACAACAGGAGUGUAUACAUAGAUGACAGAGUACACGUGGCAGGACAGUUCUUGACUAUAGACCACGUCACCAAGGAGGACAAGGGAUUGUACACGUGUCAAUCUGGAGAAGCAGGACUUCUGUCAGAUUGGAGUCAGGGAUACACUCUCAAUGUUCUGUAUGGACCAGAUACGUUGCUGUUUAGCGGUAACCAAGAUGCAUCAGAAGGUGACCUACUAAAAGUGAGAUGUUCUGCUGACUGUAACCCUGCCUGUACUGUAACCUGGUGGGACAUCUCCAGACAGAUGGUGAUUACAGGACAGGGGGAGGCUGUGUUGUCUAUACCAGCUGUAGAUGUAUCUGUGUCUGGACUGUACACGUGUCACGUCAACAACACACAUGGGAGUGCAUCACGGAACCUGACGCUGGAUAUUCAACAUGGUUUAGAACCUAGACCCCCCAUCGUCGUUGUCGCUGUCCCUGUAGCCGUUGUCCCCUCUGUCCUGAUCAUCAUCAUCACUGCUGUUGCUGUGAUAUGUGUUUGUAAAAGAGUGAAGAAAGAAGAUCGUCAGCACAGAUCUGGUGCACGAAAUAUGGAGGACAAUGACAGUCAUAUUCAGCUUCAAACCCGUCAAAGACAUUCUGCUGGCGUGGUGCUUAAUAUCCGUGAGGUGGAAACAUAUGGGAGGUAUGAGGAAAUAGACGUACCACUUGCCAACGUCGACAUCGUCCCUGUUGUUGCAGCUUACUCCAUCAUCCUCACUGCUGUCUCAGUUGUAGUUGCAGCAGUUGCCGUCCUUGUCUGCAAGGAUGCACGACAUGGUCAUAACGUUAGCAAAUGCGGUACAUACCUAACUGUGGUAGGAGAUAGACUAUCAAGUGACGCAAAUGAUCAUGAGUCUCCUUAUGCGGCCAUCAACAGCGAAGAUAUGUUGUCCCUGCACGAUUAUGAGAGGCUUCUAAGGGAACAGUUCCAAAUCUACACGUCUCUCCACCCUUCAGCCUCCUCUACACAGGACCCUAGCACCAGAUGCAGCCUUAUGUGACGGAACAGUUCCACAUCUUCACAAAUAUCAAUCCUUCAGCCUCCUCUUCUCAGGACCCUAGCGCCAGAUGCAGCCUUAUGUGAGUGAACAGUUCCAAAUCUACACGUCUCUCCAUCCUUUAGCCUCCUCUACACAG